AGAGGGGCUGUAACAGGAUUAAGCCCUCUACACUUGAGUCUGACUGUACAUUAGUCAGGACUGGCAAUAUUUGGAGAGUAAUUGCCAUUCUUCAGAGCAGAAGUGUAUUGAGGGUUACAGGAUAAACGGUUCUGUCAUAAAUCUCUCUUUUUUUUAAUGAGACUGCACAGAAACAAUUGAUUAAAUCCUCUGGAAGGCAGAGAAACAACUUUUUUGCUCCCAACUUCAUCAUACAGGUAUGUCCACUUUAAAGGAGCUGUGUGGAGGGUUACCCCUGAACCCUCUCCCCAGCAACAGAGGCAGGGAUCCAAAUGUCCCACACGCACCGGUCCGGACACCCAACCUUUCGUCUCAGGAAGAAAGGCUGGCGCUCAGGAAUGCCCUGAGGUACUUCCCCCCUCCCCUCCAUUCCACCCUGGCCACUGAGUUUGCCCAGGAGCUGCGUCAGUACGGGCACAUCUAUAUGUACCGCUUCUGCCCUCCCAUCCAAAUGAGAGCAUACCCUAUAGAUCAGUACCCCUGUCGAACACGCCAGGCAGCUGCAAUCAUGCACAUGAUUAUGAACAACUUGGAUCCUGCCGUUGCACAGUUUCCACAAGAGCUGGUCACCUAUGGUGGAAACGGACAGGUGUUCAGCAACUGGGCUCAGUUCUGGCUGGUGAUGCACUACCUGAGUGAGAUGUCAGAGGAGCAGACUCUGGUGAUGUACAGCGGACACCCUCUGGGCCUCUUCCCCAGCCUUCCCUCUUCCCCCCGCGUCGUCAUCACCAAUGGCAUGGUCAUUCCAAAUUACUCCUCUAGAGAAGACUAUGAGAGGAUGUUUGCCAUGGGGAUUACAAUGUACGGACAGAUGACAGCUGGGAGUUACUGCUACAUCGGACCCCAGGGAAUUGUCCAUGGCACCAUGCUGACCGUGCUGAACGCUGGCCGGCGGUACCUGGGUACAGGGGACCUGAGCGGCCGGGUGUUCGUGACCUCAGGCCUCGGGGGCAUGAGUGGUGCUCAGGCAAAAGCUGCGGUCAUCGCUGGCUGCGUGGGGGUCAUAGCUGAGGUGGAUGAAGCCCCUUUGAAGAAGAGGCAUGAGCAGGGCUGGCUAAUGGAAGUCACCGCAGAUCUGGAUCACUGCAUUCGCCAAAUCCGGGAAGCCAAGAGAACCAAGACACCCCUCAGUUUGGGUUAUCAUGGCAAUAUUGUGGACCUGUGGGAAAGGCUGGUAAAGGAGUAUGAGGCAACAGGGGAGCUGCUGGUGGACCUCGGCUCAGACCAGACCUCACUCCAUAACCCCUUCAGUGGGGGGUACUACCCAGCCCAGCUCAGCCUGCGCCAGGCCAACCAGCUCAUGGCCACUGACCCAGCCCGCUUCCGUACUGCUGUCCAGGACAGCCUCCGAAGGCAGGUUGCUGCCAUAAACAAACUUGCUGAAGCAGGGAUGUUCUUCUGGGAUUACGGCAAUGCUUUCCUCCUUGAGGCCCAAAGAGCGGGUGCGGAUGUGGGGAAGACUGGAGCUGCGAAGACUGAAUUCAGAUACCCCUCCUAUGUACAGCAUAUCAUGGGGGAUAUCUUCUCCCUGGGCUUUGGCCCAUUCCGCUGGGUCUGCACCUCCGGUGACCCUCGCGACUUGGCACAGACCGAUGACAUCGCUGCCACUGUGCUGGAGGAAAUCAGUGCUUCAGUUUCGGAAGGUGUGAGACAGCAAUAUAAUGACAACAUCCGCUGGAUCCGCCAGGCAGGGAAACACAAUAUGGUGGUGGGCUCCCAGGCAAGAAUUCUCUACUCAGACCAGAAAGGACGAGUGUCCAUAGCUCUGGCCAUCAACCAAGCCAUCGCUGAUGGGAGGGUCUCGGCCCCUGUGGUCAUCAGCAGAGACCACCAUGAUGUCAGUGGAACUGACAGCCCCUUCAGAGAGACAUCCAACGUGUAUGAUGGGUCAGCCUUCUGCGCUGACAUGGCAGUGCAGAACUUUGUGGGUGACGCAUUCCGCGGGGCCACGUGGGUAGCUCUACAUAACGGAGGAGGAGUGGGCUGGGGUGAGGUCAUCAACGGGGGCUUUGGGCUGGUCCUGGACGGAUCAGAGGAGGCGGGUCGGCGUGCCAGAACGAUGCUCAACUGGGACGUGUCCAAUGGGGUGGCACGGCGGUGUUGGUCUGGGAAUGCCAAUGCUUAUGACACCAUCCAGCGCACAAUGGAGGAGCAUAGCCACCUACGGGUCACCAUGCCAUUCCCUGUGCAGGACGAGCAUGUGCUGGAUCGAGCUCUGCAGGGCUAAAGCAAGACAUCAAAGGCCUUACAUUUUGAAUAUACUGGAAUAUAUUCUAUAUACUUGCAGUUUGUUCAUGUUCACACACCACUUUGAUCUCAGAUAAAAAAGUACAGUGAAAUAAUUCCACAGAAUUUGUUUUUAUUAUAUACUAUUUAUCAACUAUUUCAUGUGAAGUACUAAAAUAAAUUCCUCAUGCAUAAUCUUAAAGUUUAACUUAUUAUAUCCACAUUGCAAUUGGAGUUGUUACAUGUGAUGUCAUCACUGCCAACUAAACACAAAUUAGAUGAGUUUACCUGUUGAGAACCUUAAUAAGGGUUAACACAAAAAUCGUAGUAUUUCAUAUUAAAGAACCUGACAAUCAGCACACAAAACCCCAUGAUCAUAGCUAAUUACAGUCUACAUUGUAUUUUAUAAAACAAUAACAAUAAUUUGAAAGUAUGUGGCACAUGUUUAACAUAAUCUAGUCAGUAAAGCACCAUUAAUCAAACAUGUUGCAUAUUACUAUAAAUCACUGUGGACAUCCAGCCACAUUAAAGGUUGGCACAUCCCAUACCUACACAGCACUGAGCCUGGCCCUUUUCUUUCCU